AUAUAAAAUAUCACAGGGGGGAGAGGGAUAAAAUAUAAAAUAUCACAGGGGGAGAGGGAUAAAAUAUCACAGAAGUAGAGAGGGAUAAAAUAUAAAAUAUCACAGAAGUAGAGAGGGAUAAAAUAUAAAAUAUCACAGGAUAAAAUAUAAAAUAUCACCGGGGGGGGGAGAGGGAUAAAAUAUAAAAUAUCACAGGGGAGAGGGAUAAAAUAUCACAGAAGUAGAGAGGGAUAAAAUAUAAAAUAUCACAGGAUAAAAUAUAAAAUAUCACAGAAGUAGAGAGGGAUAAAAUAUAAAAUAUCACAGGAUAAAAUAUAAAAUAUCACCGGGGGGGGAGAGGGAUAAAAUAUAAAAUAUCAGAGGGGAGAGGGAUAAAAUAUCACAGAAGUAGAGAGGGAUAAAAUAUAAAAUAUCACAGAAGUAGAGAGGGAUAAAAUAUAAAAUAUCACAGAAGCAGGGAGGGAUAAAAUAUAAAAUAUCACAGGAUAAAAUGUAAAAUAUCACAGAAGCAGAGAGGGAUAAAAUAUAAAAUAUCACAGGAUAAAAUAUCACAGAAGCAGGGAGGGAUAAAAUAUAAAAUAUCACAGGGGAAAGGGAUAAAAUAUCACAGGGGAGAGGGAUAACAUAUAAAAUAUCACAGGGGAGAGGGAUAAAAUAUCAGAAAAAGGGGAGAGAUAAAAUAUAAAAUAUCGCAGAGGGGGGAGAGAUAAAAUAUAUCUGACAGAGAGAAAUAAAAUACCGGAGACGGAGAAUAUCAGAGAGAGAGUGACAGGAGGAUAAACUGGGAGAAAUAAAAUAUAACUAUCAGAGAAAGAGGGAUAAAAUAUAAAAAUCACAAGGGCAGGGGAGAGAUAAAAUAUAAAUAUCGGAGAGAGAAAAUAUCAGAGGCGAUAAAAUAUAGAGGGAGAAGGGGAUAAAACAUAUUUGGGGAAGUGAGGGAUACAAGUAAUAUUGGGGAGAGUGAGAGGAUUAAAACUAAUCAGAAAGGGGGGAGAGGAAUAAAAAUAAAUUGAGGGAGACAUAAAUCUAAUCAGAGAGAAGAAGGGAGUGGAAAAAGAGGUAGAAAGAAUAAAACUAAAUUCAGUGAGAGCUGCAAAAUUAAUGCCAGAAAAGAGGGGAAUAAAAUUAAUAUCCGACAGAGGAAUCAAACUCAUCAGAGAUAGCUAGAUGGAGAGAGGGAGAGAUUAGAGAAAAAUAAAAAUUCAAAAUUAGAGAGGAAAUAAAGAUCAAAUUAAAGAUAAUGGGGGAGGAGGAAUAAAAUCAACAUCAGAGAGAGACGAGGGAGGGACAAAGAGAGACAAUUAGAGACAGUCCGAUAGGAAAAGAGACUGUUAAAGAGAAAGUUGGACAGGAGGAGGAGGAUAAGGAGCAACUCUGUUAAAGAGACAGCCCAACAGGAGGAGAGAAUCUGUGAGAGAGAUAUUCUGACAGGAGCAAAGACUCUGUUAAAGAGGCAGUCUGACAGGAGGAGAAGGAGAUACUCUACUAAAGACACAAUCCAACAGGAGGAGAAGAGGAGACUUUGCUGAAGAGAAGGAGGAGGACAGAUUCCUUUAAAGAGACAUCCGAUAAGAGGAGAAACUCUUAAAAGGACAUUCCGAUCGGAGGAGGAGGGAAUCUGCUAAAGAGGCAGUCUGACAGGAGGAGAGAAUCCGAGAGAGAGAUAUUCUGACAGGAGGAAAGACUGUGUUAAAGAGAGAGCCUGGCAGCAGAAGGACAGACUCUGUUGAAGAGGCAGUCUGACAGGAGGAGAAGGAGAGACUCUAAAAGACAGAACUCAAACAGAGGGUCCAGUUGAAGCAGGCAGCAGCUCUGGACAAUUGUCUGUGUGCCAACUCCACCGUAACUCUGUGCGCAUUCCGACCUUUCGAACAUUCUAACUGUUUGAUGCUGGGGCUUUAAGUUGGGCAGGCCGACCUUCCCUGCUCAACGGUCUUUGCUCAGAACUCCGGAGCAGAACAGGUCUGCCCUGUUGCCGUGGCCCCAGAAUGACUGAUCUGAACCGGCAGCUGCAGGAGUACCUGUCACAGUCACGAGGCAAUCGCAACGGGAAUGGGGCUGACAGCGAGCCCCUCUUACCUCUGGAAGCCGACUCGCCUGAACCCAGUCGCCCCGCCAAUGGCUGGAUGAGCCGGAUGAACCCGUUCUCUUCUGGGCAGAGUGGCAAGCCAGCGCCGAGCCAGGACUCCAGCCCAUCGUCAGGUGGGUUCUGGUCAACGGAACCGGACCCGUGCCUGCCUGCCCUGUCCCGGCGCCAGCGGCUGACCGGUUUCGGCCUCUGCCUGGCCAUGGGGCUGCUGUGCUUCGGCCUGUCAGCCCUCUACGCUCCCUUCAUGUUGCUGAGGGCCCGGAAGUUCGCCCUGCUCUUCACCCUGGGCAGCGUCUUCCUGCUGACGGGCCUGGCCCUGCUGCGUGGGCCCUACAACCAGCUCCGCCUGCUGCUCUCCCGCCAGCACCUGCCGUUCACAGCCGCCUACCUGGGCUCCCUCUUCGCCACCUUGUACAGCGCCCUGGCACUGCGGAGCACUGCCCUGACUGCCGUCGCUGCCGCCUUUCAGCUCCUCACCCUCGCCGGCUACCUGCUCAGUUCCAUCCCGGGGGGCCCAGCGGGUCUCCGUUUUGUCGGUGGCUUCUUAACCUCGGCGUUCAAGCGCACAGUCAGCAAGAGCCUCCCAGUGUGAGGGACCGGAAAGCCGCUGUGUGUUGGGGGAGGGGGAGCAAACUGUCUGGUGGGAAGUAUACCAAUUCCUACUGGCAGAUGUCAACUGUGACCCCAGUGGGCAGCAGUCUCUCUUUCUUCCACUCCUCUCUCUAUCUUUUCCUGCUCUCUUCUGUCUCCCUCUCACCUCCAAGUCAAAAUUCACUGGUUUGAGUCCUGUUGCAGAGAUCUGAGCACAGUAUCCUGGGUCAGUGCUCCCGGUGUAGCCCUGCACUGUUAAGAGGUGAACUAUUUUGAUAUUAAACCAGGGAUUCCACUACCUGUGCUCUGCGACAGAUGUAAAAGUUCUUGUGAUGGCUAGUAAUUUUAAGUUGUUGUGCCCUGGCCAAUAAUUGUCCCGCUGUUGCCAUUAUGGAAAGCUAAACCGAUCUGAUCAUUGUCACAUUCCUGUUUUUUGGGACCCCACAAGGCAUAAAUCGGCACUGUCGCGUCCCUUGUGGUACAACAGUGACUGCACUUCAGAUGUACUUCACUCACCAAGUGCUCUGAGAUAUCGGGUGACUCUGAAAGCUGGUCUAUAGGCACGAGUCUGUCUUCCUUUAGCUGUGAGUGGGAAAGAUGGCUGCCAGUCAGGAGUGGACUGUGACACCCCUGUUCACAGCCUCGUGCUAUCACUUAGCAGCAAAACCGAAAAUCUCCACAAGCAGUCGACUGAGUCUUAACCAUAUGGCAAUGCCCUCCCCUUCUCUGAAAACAGCCCACUUUGGAAUGAAGCUUGGAACUAAAGAUGUAACUGACUGUUUCUUUGCUCCUGGAGCUGUUAGGACUUUGAGUACAAUGUGAACAAGGACUCUUGGUAGGUUUCUGUCUGUUAAUUCAUUCCCACCCACCCCACAAACUCCCAUUCAGUGUACCCAAACAAUUCCAAACAGGCACCAAUUACACUGUGAAGGGUGUAAAUGAAAUAUAAACUCUAUUUCCAGUACAGUUGUAAUAAACUAUGUUCUUCCAAAACAGGAUUGACUCUGGAGACAGCAUUAGGGUUUCAGGGUUAAAUACUAGGAGGUACAGGUCUGUCAGUUUAUUACACUGUACAGUGCCAAUGGCUACAGUGCUAAUAGGUACAGAUCUGUCACUAACACUGUACAGUGCUAAUGGGUAUGGGUUUCACAGUCCCAUCACCGGGACACUGCUAAUUGAUAAAGAUUUUGUCUCUAAUGCUGGUUCUGUCACCAAGUUAAAAGGGGAUGAAUGAUAAGCAUUAAACAGCCGUUAUAUCACGUGCCUUUGGAGAAUGUGUUGUUUAAUAAUGACUAUUAAAUCGUUGUAACACA